AUUUUGUUGAUCUUGUGUACAAGUGAAAUAAUUUCUAAAGUAAUUUUGUUCCAAAUCUCCAUACUAGAAUGCCAAAAUCUGCUUCAGAUAAUUUGUUCUUAAAAGUUUACACAUAUUAACCUUUACCAGGUGUUAAAUUUCUAUAAUGAACUUGUCCAUUUUCCAAUUUGGACAGUACCAUUAACUGUUUGAAGUGGUGCUUACAAGAAAGAUGACUGGCUGAAUCGCAAACAGUACAGACCAUGAUCAGACUGCAUGGAUGUACAGGCUGAUCAUGAUGUACACUGGUCGCAAAGACAGAACCAAUCAUGUCCAGCAUGAAACUUCAGUCAAGAAAUCUCCAGGUUUUGCAUUGUUGAAAAAGGGCAUAUAAUGUGUAAAUGACAGAAUACAGGAAAACAUACAAACAUGACUUCUCAUCCACUUACUACACAUGCAGUAACAUUCACAUCAAAGAUCAGGAAUCUACGAGAUUAUCACCACAGUGUAUCAAACAAUCUGACCCCACAACCAACUGGUGUAGAUAUUGCCAACACCUUGAAAUACUUUUCACAAACACUUCUUAGUAUUCUGAAAGAUGUACCAAACAUACCAGCUGAGAGCUAUGGUCCAGGACAGAGAGACAGUGUUCGUCUGUCCGUGUUUCCUAAUAACAACUAUGCUGGGUUAUACAAGGCUGCACUGAAUAUGAUAGACCUGGUUCCUGUCAUUCAAAUUGGACAGUUAGAGCUGGGUGAAGCAGUUCUUAAUGUUCUUGGCUGUCUGGUGCCAUUUCUGGAGAGUGAUCUGCUGGAUUCUCUCCCUUACACAGUGGCCUCGACCUUGGCAAUAUUUCCACCAACUUUACACAAGGACACAAUUGAUUUACUCUGCAGCAACUUACUGCCUAUGACACUUGGUUUUGACGGGUGUGCUGAGCCAACGUAUGCCAGUGAAUCAGCUGCUGCUAUAAUAACCAUGGUGUUUCAACAUACAGACAAUGGAUCUUACCAUUCCCAGAUCCUGGAGUGUUUUAUGAGUUUAAAGAAAGACAUUAUAAAGGAUGUUCUGAGCAUCAUAGCUUAUGGGCCGCCAUCUGCGCGAGCCCCAGCUGCCAACCUACUGUUCUAUUAUUGGCCACAGCUAAAUCCAUCUCUGUCAGACAGAAGGGGCAUCCAUUAUAAAUACAGUGCAUGGCCUCCAGUUUUGUGUCAAAGAGAAGAUUGUGUCAAUUCAGGCAAAUGUCAGGCUGUCAAGAUGUGCUUGAACCCAUCUUUAGCGAUCCAGUCGAGGGACAAGCCACCGCCCCUGUAUAUCUGUAGUGACUGUGCGGAGGUGUUAAAGAAGGAACACAGUGACUACAUGAUGGAUAUCCUCCUACCAAUGUCGCAUGUAUCACAGAAAUGUGAAAAUAAGAGUUGUAAAUCCAUCCGGACCAAUACAGCAAUCUCAACAUGCUUCUCAAUAGAGUGUGCGAGUGUGAAUGGAAACCGACCGAUACGUUAUUGCAACAACUGUAAUAGAGAACGCCAUGGUAACAAGAAUGGUGAAGGUCAUGUGUAUCAUCAGAGUAUAGAGCUGAUCUGGUCAUGUACACCAGAGAUACAGAGAUAUCUCAUGGAUGCUAUAAUUGCAUUACUGAAAGAGGCACAGCCAUUAGAAUCAAAGCGUACAGUGGAGAUGGGAGAGGAGCAUAGACAUCGCCAUGGUGAUGAUGAUGUUCUGUUUGAGGUGGAGGAGGCGGGAGAGAGGAAAAUGUUGAGUCGCUAUGGUAUCUGGCUACUGGUAGAAUUGUGCACACCAAAAGAAGAUAUUCCUAUAGAAAUCCUUGGUCGUUUACUUGGUAUGCUGUUCCAGUGGUUUGAUGCAACAGCCUAUCUCCCUGAUGAUAAUGUUGGCAAUGCCUUGGAAAGAUUAAAGCCAGAUUAUAUCUGUAAAUGGCUGAAAGACGUAAACAAGACUCAUUUUGAAGUUGUGGUGUCAUGUCUGUUACCCCACCCAGUGGAAUAUGCUAGAGUUGGAGGUUUCUGGGAUACAUUAGCUACAAGAACAACUCAGAUAAAGGAAGGUCUUAAUUGCUUCUUUUGUUUGGUGCCAUAUGAUAUCAUCUCUUAUCAGAUAUGGGACUAUGUUAUACCAUACUGGAUGGAAGCAAUCAGAACUGAGGUGCCCACAGAGGACCUUCAUCUCUUGAAAGUACUUCUCAGUAAAGCAUUUGACAUAGACAUGUGUCCACUGCCAUUUAUGUUGGACAAGAUGUAUCAUUUUGUAGAGGUGAGAUUUGCUGAUGCCAGUGCAUAUGUACAGGAACAGGCCUUACAGUGGCUACAGAUUUUAUCCGGUCUGGAGAUUGUAAUUCCCCUACAUACCUUGUUCUGUAUGGUGAAGCUGGGUAUAAAACAUCUGCAGAUGAUAGACAUGGAUCAUGAAACAGCAGCUCCAGAACCCAACUUGGCUAGGGCUUCACCUACAGGGGACAUACCACCUCCGCUGAGCCCAAACAAAGAAGACCCAGUGGUAGUGGAAAGUUUUGAGAUAUAUGAGAGAGAGACAGAAAUUAUUCUGCCAUGCUAUAUCAUGAUGCUGGAUCUAGCACUGAAACAACUUGAAUUACAAGAAAGCCCAAGACAUCUAGGUAUCUAUAAUGAGACCAGUAAAGAGCUCAUGUCUCUGUUAACACUGAUGUUAUCAAAGCACUGGGACGGUACUCACACCUGUGUCGAGGAGAAGGAAACUGUCAAUUGUCAGUUUUGUCAGAAUAUAGCACUCUGGCACCAGAUGGCAAGUUCUGUAAUGCAGAUGUUCAGCCCUAGAGACCCGUGUAAGAUACCCAGCAAAGACAUUCCUAGAGUAGAGGAUCUACAAGGGUCUGUGGCUGCAAGCAAGGAUUCUUCAUCAAGUGGUGAAACAAGAGAUGUUUGUGGAAGUUUAGAGAUUCCUGACGUGAGUUACGACACAUCACAGAUGCCAGUUCAUCUCCGGUUGUUUAACGCUUUAGUACAGGAAUUUACCACAUUGAAGGAUAUAGAUGCUCUACACUCAUUGCUGUUGUCAAUGAAAUACCUGAUAUUGCAUGGUGAAUGUCUGAACUACUCUGUGAACCAGUACCCAGAAUUUCUCAAGUUUUGUCUUGCAAGAAAACUUAUACCAAAUUUAUGGCAUAAGUUACAAGCUAAGCAUUCCCAGGUUGCCUACGAAUGUGUACCCCUAUUGUUACAUUGUCUAACACUGCCAACUGGCGCAGAUAUGUUGUGGAAAAUUGUGGAGGAAAAUUUUAGUAGUGAUGAUUGGAAAGAAAGAUUUGCUGCAGUUGAAAAAGCCACUGUGCUAGCAAGAUUUAUGGAGAAUGAAUCGGUGAUGCAUAACAAAACAAUAAAAACAGCAUUUGCCCACAUCUUCUGUCUGCUGCUGGGAUCACUGGAGGAUAUAAAUGCUGCUGUCAGCCAGAGAACUAUACAGUACCUGGAAACCAUCAAAGCUUCGUCCAUCAAGUGUAUCUGUCAAUGCCUGGAGUUCCAGUUUGAUGCAGUGAUCAGUGACAGAGCUAUGAUCCUACACAAUAUGCAUCUCCUCUCCAACAUCUUACCAGACCACAAUAUUCUUAGCUGGGAAUUUUUCCUUGCACGGUUUGACAGUCUCUCACUGGAGGCCCAGAUUGACUUAGAAAGUACAGGAGAUCUCUCCUACCCAACAGAAGAGUUGGCUUUGUCCAUUAAUUUCAUAGACCUCACCAGUAGUGACCGAGAGAGUGAGCAUUUCUUGAGGAAGUUGAAUCGAGCAAGGUUUGCAUUGGCACGGACAGACAGUAUACGUUCUGUGAGCAAAAGUUUAGGUGGAAAACCCCCAUACAGAAGGGCUGUGUCUGUUCCUAUACAUCUUCUCACCAAGUCACCUAUCAAAGAUAAAGACAAGGAUAAACUAUGUAUCAGACAACAGUCAGCACCACAGUUCAGAUUGAAUAGACAAGGAACAUCCAAGUUUAAUCUUGGGACUUUAACAAAUUCUGUAUUUCAAGGAGGAUAUUUGAAGGAGUUUACAGAUGAGGAGAGUAAUUUUGCAGCACUGUUACACCGAGCUAUGGACCUUGAGGGGGUUGAUAGGGAGACGGUACAUCAGCUUGUAGCACUGCUAAUGAAGUAUAUGAUCAGAUGUGAGCAGGACAAUAUACCAGAUGAAGGCCAGAAAGCUGAGAACAUAGUGUUGAGACAUUUAAAUGUGUUGCUUGGUUACAACCAGUCGGAGAAGUCUUUCAGUGUGCCACCAUAUAAACUCCGAACCUCUGCUGUGUUCAAUUCUUACUUGAGUGGAGCACCUUAUGUAUUGGAUAGGAACUUUGAACUUGGUAACAAGAUUCUUCCGAUAACAUUGCUGCUGCUACAGUAUGGACCCUCACCACAGAGAUAUGCAAGUGACUACCAACCUCCUAACUACACCCUGUGGUACCUAGAGCCUCAUACUAGACUGUCAUGGUUACAUACACUGCUGGUUAUAUUGUACAAGUACCAGAUCAGUACCUCUCCAGUAUCGGCUAUAGUCCAGACACUGGUGAGGAUUGUUGUGAACUCAAUAGAAGCCCAGCAUCACCACUGUAAGGUGCUACUUGAUGAUGCCAUGCCACCAGCUAGUCCAAACCUUCCUAGGAGCAAAGAUUCUGCAAAGAUCAAUGUGAAUGACCUUGAGAACAUACUAGAGACAGAGACCCCACCCCAAAGCCCCUCCCCUACCAAUGUGAAUGAGGAUGUAUUUAUAGAGAUGGUCCGUGACUCGGGCACCACAACUGUUAAAUACCAGAAAGCUAGCAAAGAUGAUGCCAGUAAGGAGGGGUCAUCAUCGACUGAAAAAGAGUCCUCAAAACCUGGGAGCAGGAAAAUUUCUCCAGCAUCAAUAGAACAUGUAUCAGAAACUCCAUCAAGAAAAAUAAAGCAGCGUAAACAGCAGCCUCCUCGUAAACUUGUACAUUACCUGGAGAACGAGACAGAGGACUCAUCUGAUCAGCAUAGUGAAACACAGGGUGCCACUGGGGGAAAGCCUAAAAAACCGCUGAGCGUAGAAAAGAAGAUGGCAGAACAGUUAGAGGAGUUUGAACUACAUGUCGACAGAAAACCAGGCACUGGAGUAGUACAGACAGCAUUGAGACAUGUAAGUAGUCACCAGGCAGACAUGUUGAGUAGUAAGGAAGGUACAAGUGUAUCAGAGACCAGUAAAGAUGGACUCAUGUCUGAGGAUCCAGAGAGCGCUGAGGAAAGUGAAAAAACACAGACAACAUCUGAUGCUGACUCAGUUGGUGGAUCCAGGAAAAAUUCAGUUAAAGAGCCAAAGAAAACAGGCAAAAGUGGGAUAAAGCCGAACUUCAGACAGAGGAAAUCAAGGAAGACAGGAUUAUCAACAAUAGAAUUACAGAAGAAAUUUCCUGAACUGGCUUCAGAUAGUCCUGAUACUGAUAAAUCUUCUAGAUCUGAAAACAGACGAAUGAGGAAGAUUGACCUACUUUCAAAACCACCAACAAAGAAACCUGUACCAAACCGACACAGUGAGAAUGCUAUGGUUGAACGAUGCCAGGACUGUAGUGCCAUACUGGAGCAAUACGAUGAUGAAAUCAUUGGUUUGAGUGUGGUUGUCCUGGCAACCUAUAUCCACAGAGAGCCUUCUCUAGCCACACCAAUGUUACUGGAGAGCUUAAUUGCUGUUUCAAGGAUUGCAUCCAGCAGCCCUUAUGCCUGGCAGAUGGAAACCAAUGUUAUGGUACCUGGUAACAGUUUGAGUAUAGCUCGCCAGUUUCUCAGAUGUUGUCUACAUCAGCUAGCUCCAAAUGGAAUAUUUCCUAUGCUUUUCCAGAGCGACUUUGGUGGUAUAUCCUACAGUUAUUGUAACUAUUUACAGCACUGUACAUCAGUUGGUAUCUGCAAUGGUUUUAUUUUGCACUUACAUUAAUUCACAGAGCAACAUGCCAAUUCAAAACACGCGUGAAUAUUUAU